CCUGCUAAGCCUGCGCCACCAUCAUUCACUCUCACUCUGUAUCCAUUAUUAUAUUUACUUCUCCAGAGUAUCACUUCUUCUGGUGCUUCUGCAACUGCUGUAGUAAUCUUUCAGGACAUUUAAUGGAUGAUUUGAACCACAAUGUCCCAUCCCGACGCGACCCGUGCGGAGUCUUUGGACGACCAAGAACAUAGGGGGGAGGUUGACGAUAAGAAGCCUAAGAAUAGGAGACCAGCAAAUACUGCUUUCAGACAGCAGCGCUUGAAAGCCUGGCAACCAAUAUUGACCCCAAAGAGCGUACUGCCUCUUUUCUUUGUUAUUGGUGUGAUAUUUGCCCCCAUUGGUGGUUUGUUACUGUGGGCCAGUUCACAGGUACAAGAGAUUGUCAUAGACUAUUCUGAAUGUGCUGAGAAGGCGCCCACCUCCUAUGCGGCUUCGAUUUCAGAUCAAGUCAAAUCCUCGUUCAAAUCAUCAGGCGAACAAUCUACUCCAACUUGGCAAAGAUUCAAUGAAAGCGGAACUACAAUCUGUCGAUUGACCUUUAAAAUUCCGGAUACCUUGGAGCCACCUGUGCUUUUAUAUUAUCGCUUAACGAACUUCUAUCAGAAUCAUCGGAGAUAUGUGAAGUCCAUGGACACAGACCAGCUGAAAGGAAAAGCAGUUGACAACAGCACCAUAGAUGGUGGCUCUUGCGACCCCCUCAAACUUGACCCUUCAACUGGCAAAGCAUACUAUCCAUGCGGCCUUAUAGCUAACUCUCAGUUUAACGAUACCAUCCGCAGCCCACAGCUUCUGAGUGGUGGUGUGACUGCAGAGACCUACAACAUGACUAAUAAAGGCAUUGCCUGGGACAGUGACAAGCAGCUCAUCAAGAAGACGCAGUAUAAUAAAUGGCAGGUGGUUCCUCCGCCUAAUUGGCAUGAUCGCUACCCUAACGGUUAUGUCGACGGUAUACCUAAUCUUCAUGAAGACGAAGAGUUCAUGGUAUGGAUGAGAACUGCCGCGCUGCCGGCUUUCAGUAAGCUAUCCCGCAGAAACGACACAACGGCAAUGACUGCAGGAGUCUAUCAACUGGACAUUGAGGACCGCUUUCCUGUCACUGAGUACGGAGGUACUAAAUCGAUACUCAUAUCAACACGGACUGUGAUGGGCGGUCAAAACCCAUUCAUGGGUAUUGCCUACGUCGUUGUAGGUGGCCUGUGCAUUGUUCUUGGGGCAUUGUUUACUAUUGCACAUCUUGUUCGGCCGAGGAAACUUGGCGACCACACUUAUUUGACCUGGAACAAUGAGCAGGAGAGCUCGGCUGUGGCAACCGGGCGGGAUGGCAGAUUUGGCUCUCAUGCUACUUAAGAAGCAUACCUUUACUUUCCCUUGCUCUUCUUAGUCUACGGACAUAAUUUACACAGUGGAUUGAUACGAGGCGUUUGUAGGUGGCGUUCCUGAAGAGGAUCUGAUACCCACUGGUUUUCCCAGUGGGCCUAUGUUUUCGUGAUAGUUUCGGCAUUUCUAUCCAUCUAGGAAAAUUUUGAUGGCACCUGCUAGUCGAUGUGCCCUUCCUGAU